AUGUCCACUGGCUCCACUCGCUCAUCAGAGGAUGGCGAUAUAGGCACUCUCCCCAGCCCAUCUACCUACGACAUGGAUAGGCUGGUCGACAAUGUAAAUCUAAAGAGAUUCUCUCUUAAGCCCAGGUAUAGUCGGAGGCUAUCUAAUCACAGAUUAUCUUAUCUUAAUCCAUCCAAUCCAUCGAAACCAUCCGGGUCAUCCAAUCUCAGCCCAGUACCUUCACAGCCACAGCCACCACCCCCGAAAUCGAUCGAUGAAAUUAUAAGAACCCAUUCACCUCUACUAAACGUUAAAACCCAGGCUGAAAAAGACGCUGACUCUCUUUUGCCCGAUAAGAAUCCACCCACUCCGCCCAUAAAGUCUAUCAAUGACAUCAUCAACCAGCACUACUCCUCUCUAUCUAGCAGGCAUGUCACCUACGAUGACAGUGAAAGUGGUGGUGACAGUGGUAUUGAAAGUGGUGGUGAUGGUGAUGGUGAUGGUAAUAGCGAUAGUGAAACUGACAGCCACAAACCCACACCCAUUCCCACCACUCCUACACCCACUCCCUCCCUCGCCCCCAAAUCCUGGAUCGCCCAAUACCUCCGCCAACCGCAACUAACGCGACUGCUCAAGCUACGCCGUCAUCCCCACUCUGGUCUCCAAGUAUCCCUAUGCGAUUUAGGCGACAGCAGAGGCAACCCUGUUCUAAUUUACCUAGGGCUCGGCUGUACGCGUCAUCUGAUAGCGCUCUACGCCGAUCUAGCGAGCACGCUCAACCUGCGCCUAAUCUGCGUUGACCGGUGGGGGUUAGGCCGCACGGACGCGUCCACCUCUACGCAGCGAGGGCUACUCGAAUGGGCGAGUGUGAUAGAGGAGGUUCUCGAUAGCCUCCGCAUUCAACGCGUAGCCCUUCUCGCUCACUCCGCCGGUGCGCCGUAUGCGCUUGCACUCGCCCACGCCGCUCCCCAACGCAUAGCUCUGCCUAUCACCCUCCUCGCGCCGUGGGUGCAUACGGAGACGCACACCAGUGCUGGUCGCUGGCUCAGACAUGUCCCGAAGCCCCUCCUACGCGCAGCUCAGGUGGCUGAGUGGACAGUCGCCGGCUGGAGUAUUGGCAAGCCGCCCCAAGUCAAGUAUGAGGGUGUUGAGGGGGGUGUGGGCUUGAGUGUGGGUGGGGGAGUUAGUGGGACUAGCGACCACAACAACAACAAUAACACUAACACCAAUGCUCUUGAUAGCGGCGUCGAAAGGAGCCACUCGCAUCCUACUGUUCCUACUGUCUCCAAGCUAGCUGCGCACUCAACCCACUCAACACACCCCAGUAUCAGGUCCUCCAGCGCUAAUAGCGUCAGACGUCUGCGCAAAGUGUCGCUUGUUAAUAGCAGCCGGAGCAGCAGCAGUAGUAGUAGCAGUGGUGGCAGCAUUCGUAGCAGUUAUAACAACAACAACGAGAGCAACAAAAAUGGCACACAUAGGCCAUUCAAUACACUCAACGUGCCCACCACACCAAAUGCACCCAACAAACCCAUCGCAAACACACUCACUCACAGCGAAGAAAAACAGGUCUCCGUCGGAAGCGCCCUGCUCGCAGCUUCGCAUGCCGAGUCACAUUCAGGCGGCGGGCCUGCACAUGACCUCCUCCUCAUACUCAACCGCGGUGCUAAACCGUGGGGAUUCGAUUACCGGGAUAUCUCAGCAAGCGUGCACGUCUACUGGGGAGACAAGGACGAUAGGAUCUCUGAAGAUGCCGUGCAAUGGAUGGAAGAGAACAUGACUAGUUGCAAACUAACUAAACUACCAGGCAAGACGCAUUCAUUGCUGACUGAUCCCAUUGUCAUUGCAGAUGUGUUGGAGAAUUUGGCUGACAAGUACAGUACGAGAUGA